CGAACGUGUAGAUUGAGUUUUAGAGUAAAAUGCGAUGACUUCCGUUCGCGAAAAAAUACAGCAACAAAGAAAGGAGCUAAAUAAACAAAUAUUCAAAAGCUAUAAAACAUAUCAAGGUGCGGAAAAUCUUGUUCGUGCAUGCGAUUCUAAGGAGCUAAGAGAAAAGGCAGUGCUCGAGCUCAGCUAUAUUCAGUCGCAAUGGGCAACUUUGAGAGAGAAGCUGCACGAAUUGAACAGCAACAUCGAAAGUUACCAGAACCAAGAAGGGAAUCAAAUGACGUUCACUAUGUUGGCCGUAGGACUGAAAGAGUCUGUAGCAUUUGACAGUUCGACUAGAAUGAGAUUCGAGGAGCUGAUAAUGGAACAUUAUGGAGAGAAUCCAAAAGAUUUCGAAAAGGAGUUGGAUGAGUAUUUCGCAUUGAGAACACAAACAUUAAAUCCACCACGUACAGAGAGUGGAUUAAAAGUUCUGAAAGAAUACUUCAAUCAUUUGUUUUACAUUGAGUGUCGUUUUUUCAAAUCCGAAUUCAGAAGCAACGGAAUACAUUUCAGCUGGUUUGAUUGCCUUGCUGGCACUUUACACACCCAGUUUUCUAUCGACUUUGAGAAGGCAGCAGUUUUGUUCAAUAUGGGAGCGCUGCAUUCUCAAAUUGCGACAAAACAAGAUCGAAGUACAUUUGAUGGAGCUGAAGAGGCUCUGAAACAUUUCCAAAUGGCGGCGGGGGUGUUCAAGUACCUUGGAAAGUUCUUCAUCAAUACGCCGUGUCCAGAUCUUUCCGAGAAGUGUCAGGAAGUUUUGGAGUUAUUGAUGCUAGCACAGGCACAGGAAUGUCUAUUUGAGAGAAUUGCUUUGAAUGAAAGCGAGGAGAAUUCAAAUAACGGGAAGCUUCUGGAAUACCUAAUGAGCGUCGUCCAUGGCUAUCAGAAGCUGGAGGCACUUAUGAAGUUAAAUACUGAUGUUCCACAAGCAUGGUCACUCUUGGUUUCUGCAAAAUACAGCCACUAUACAGCACUAGCACAUUUUUACGCUUCAAAAGUUGCUUUGUCCAUGCAAUUCUUUCCGGAUGAGAUUUACGAUCAAUACAUAGAAACAGAGACAAAGGCUAAGAAUGUUGCCCGAGCAUACAUUGAUAUAAGUCUGGAGAAACAUAACGAUGCCACGCGAAAAAUUAAAUCGAACAGGCAUUUGAAGCAUAUUGACUCCUUGGUUGAAAUCUUGCAACAUACAAAAGAACGCUCUGAGAAAUUAGAGGAAACGCUUCCGGAUAAAAAUGACGAUCUAAGUAUCGAGUUCCUUGACAUAAACCCGAUCAUUGUCAACGGUUCAAAAGCGGUGACUGAAAUUGAGCCAGAUUUUGAAAGCGAUGACUGCGAUGACUUUUUCGCGAGGUUGGGACCUCCGAAUAUUUUCAAUGCUAAAAAUGUCUGGACGAUGACGGCGAAAACAGUCCUCGAACGAGCUUCAAAUAGCGUAAGUUUUGGAUUCACUGUUCGUGGAAAUGUACCCGUGAUGGUAGAAAAAGUUGACUCGGGAGGCAUCGCGGAGAAAGCGGGGCUCAGAGGUGGAGAAAUACUGGUGAAGAUAAAUGAUAUAGACGUGAAAUGGGCUCUGCAUAAAGAAGUGGUGGCUUUGAUCAAGUCAGCCCAAAAUUCAGUCACUUUGUAUACAGUUUCAUUAGUCUCAGAGGAAUCGAAGUUCAUGACGCUUUAAUUAUUCACUAUUAAAACUAUCGCGUCGCAAAUAUCAUUUGGUAGAAAUCCUAUUUUUAAUAGCAAUUCCGACAAAUUUCUACGAGUAUGCGCUUCUUAAUUUUUGUAGAAUAUCUUUUACUAAACAUAUCAUUGAUCAAGUAGUGCUAGUUUUUCCUCCAAUUAUUUAGUAGUUUCAUAGAAGUAAUUUGUAAGC